AUGGAAAGAUCCGACGACAAUGACAGUGAGCAGAGCAUGUCCACGGCAGCUGCGACAUUACGGCACAUGGAGCAUGUGGUCAUGACUUUGGAUCACAUGAACGAGCAGAUGUCAGACUUUCGUGGCAUCAAGGCUUCCUUAGCAAGGAUUGAGAGAAGCCUCCGGACCAUACCACCGGACUCCGGCAGUCGGUUUCGCAGACCUUCCGAUGCUUCUCUGACGUCAAUGACGUCUGCAGCCAGAGUGGAGGGCGAAGCGAUGCAAACCCCGAAGCUGGACUCGGAACUACUUUCUUCCCUAUACAGACUUGAGGCGGCAAGGGCCGAGGAGCUGUGCAGCAGCAGACGAAGAGGCACGAAGAGGUCCACUCGAAGCCCCAAGGGGAGUCAAACAAAGCCUGCAGGUGAGGCAGUAGAUAUAGCCGGUCUACACCUAGCCAGCUCACGUGAUUCUCGGCCUCCUGAAUCGAAGAAGAGCGGGCGGAAGCUGUCCGGAUCUGCUUCCUCAGCAGCCUUUGUUUCGGAACACGCCGGCGACGAAAUUCUCCCAGAACGUGCUGCCAGCAUGAAGCCAAGAGCUCUUACAUCGCCACCUGCGAUGUGUCGGAGGAAGUCGUUGGACGAUCUUCGGCAGUUUCACGAUGCGGUGAUUGCAGCUCCCACCUGGGUAUCCCCUCUCUCACGCAGGAAUUCCAUGGAGACAGCAACAGCACUACCGCUCCUGGGGUGGUUCCUGCUCUCGAUGGUCGGCAUACUCGACUUCUUCGACGGCAGGAAAUGGCGAAACCUUGCGCGGUGCAGCCUCGGGGUGCAGAUUGUGGGUGUUGUCGGUCUGGUAGCGGCCAUGAGUACAUCGACUGGUGAUUUCGAGGACGUUGAGCCACUGAUCACAUCGGCGCUUUACUUCUUUGGUGUCGCUGCUGGGGUGCUUAGCCUGCGAGGGAACAACAUCACGUGGCUGCUGGGUCCCUCCGAGUACUUGAUGGAUGACUACGCACUCGAGUCGGAUUUUCUGGAUGACUGGAGAAAGGUUUCCAAGGCACGACUUUUUCGAAUCAGCGGCUUCUUCGUCCUUAUGAUCAGCUCGCGGGUGGGUGCUCUGUUUCUGACCGAGAGGGAAAUCUUCGGGAAGUACAGGGAGUUCCACGUUCUCACAGUGGUCGCUUUCACUUCAAUGGCGGCGUGCUACUGCACGGCUUGCUACUGCGUGCUGCAUGUAGCUGCAGGUUUGGAGCUCGCCGUGGACAGCUUUGCAUUGCGCUUCUUCAGCACGGGCGACAUGGAGGCUGCAGUGAUGAGUUGGAACAUUGUGCAAGCCACACUGCGACAGACUUCGUGCAAACUAAGCAACUUCCUGGUCUUGCUGGCUUCGUCUUGCGUGGGAGCAUUGAUCAUAUUUGCAUACCAGGUCGCAUCCCUGACUCUCUCUGCCGACGGAGUGUCCAUGGAGCACAUCAUCAAAUGGCUAGGGUGGUUAUACUCUCCCCUGAUUUUGUUUCUCUAUGUUCUGUCGAGUUCAGCAGCCGUCACGGAGAAGGUCGAUCGCUUGGCACCCCUCGUGAACUCCUGGUCAUUCCAUGGUCGCGAGACCCUGGACGAAUCGCGACAGUACGUGGUGUCAUAUAUCCUGCAUAGCCAUGCAGGUUUCUAUGCUCGCGGUAUCCGCAUUACAUCCGCGAACGUGCAGAAGCUCGUCUACUACUUCGCAGCAGCGUCGUGCGGCCUCCUCACUAACCUGUGGCAGAGAUAG